AUGAAAAAGACUGGAACCGUGGAGGUACAAGAGCAAGCAAUAGAGGUUAAGGAUGAAGAGGCCUUACUAUCUUGGUGGGCUGGACAGAAAGCAGAGCUGGAGGGAAGGAUACAAACAUUGGAAGAGGGAAUGACUAAAAAUAGAGGCUAUCUGCAGAGAAUCCUACAGCUGGUCAAUCAGGCAGCUGAGAAAAAAGAUUCACCUCGGUCAGAAAGGAGUCAACCACCAGCAGCUGCAAAACAAAACAAAGAUGAAGGUAAACUUCCAUGUUUGGUUACUGUUCUUGGUGAGCAUGAGAAGUAUACAUUUAAGACUGGUGAACCUGGAAUAUUAGCUCAUAAACCUGUUAAUACACCUCCACUUUGUGAAAAUCAACCUCAUGCUAGUUUGGAUGUGCAAAAGUUAAAAAUGGGAGGAAACACAACAAAAAUGGGAGAAUCAUCCAUUGGGGAAGAUGUUCAUUCAAGUUAUGUUUUCAGACCAAAAAUAGAACUCCAAAUGUUUGAUGGAACAAAUCCUAAAAGCUGGGUAAAAAAUGUCAGAAGUAUUUCUCAAUCUUUAGAGUACUUGAAGAAUUGUAAUGACAUUGUGGAGGAGUUUAACAAGCUGAUUCAAAAUAAUUCUGUGGAAGAUUAUCAUGAGAAGUUUGAUGACUUGAGGUCUUACAUGCUGCAGUAUAGUCCAUUCUUGGAGGAAUGGGUUAAAGUUCAUAAUCCCACAACUUUAGAUACUGCUUUUAGAUUGGCUAAAUUGGUUGAAUUAACUUGGGAGGUGGAAAACAGGAAACUGAGGUUUCAGCCUAAGAUAGUAUCUACAGGACAGAGCCCUAAUUACAAGGGUCCUCAAACUACCUUGAGUCAAUCACAAAAAGGAACUGCUCAAAAUUUAAAUAAGAGUAAACCAUCAUUGGUGGAAUAUAGGAGGACACAUGGACUAUGUUAUAAAUGUGGAGGAAAGUUCAGUCCAGGACAUCAAUGUAAGGUUAAGCAGCUAAAUUCAAUGGAGGAGUUAGAGGAUACAGGAAAGCUGGAAAAAAGAAAUAAUGAGGUAGUGACAACAGGUCUUGAUCCUGUAGAGGGAGAAUUGGAAAUUUCUAUUAAUGCCAUAACUGGGCAGACAUGCUACAACACACUGAGGAUUCAAGGGCACAUAUCAAGAAAACCUCUAAACAUUCUCAUAGAUAGUGGGAGCACACACAACUUUAUAUCUGGUCAGUGGUCAAAGGAAGGAGUGGAAUUGGAGCAAACUAAUCCCUUGACUAUUACAGUUGCUAAUGGUGAAAAGUUGUACAGUUCAGCUAUGAGUAAAAAGUUAAAAUGGGGAAUACAAGGUUCUCAGUUUGAAUAUGAUUUUAGAGUUCUAACUCUAGGAGGGAGUGACAUGGUUCUUGGAGUGGACUGGAUGAAAAAGUAUAGCCCAUUAUUGAUGGAUUUCAUUCAUAUGACUUUGAGUUUUCAAAAAGAUGGGGAAAAAAUUACUUUAAGAGGAGGACAAAAUUCACCCAUUAUUAAAUUGAUUUCAGACAGUAAGUUGCAGAAGUUGAUGGAGAAGAACAGUGACAUAUCAGGAGAAAUUUUUAUGUUAAGUGGGGAGAUCAACACUGAGAUGGUACCUGUUGAACUACAUGAUUUAUUAGAAGAAUAUUCAGUUGUUUUUGAGGAACCAAAAGGGAUGCCACCCCUAAGGGAGCAUGAUCAUUCCAUUACACUAAAAAAGGGUACAGAAGCAGUGAACAUUAGACCUUAUAGGAUGCCCUAUCAUCAGAAGUCAGAAGUGGAAAAACAAAUUAAAGAAAUGUUGCCCUCUUCCAUAAUUCAAACCAGUAAAAGCCCUUUUACCUCACCCUGUUUGUUAGUAAAGAAGAAGGAUGGUAGUUGGAGGAUGUGUAUAGACUAUAGGCAGCUGAAUGCCUUAACUAUAAAAAACAAGUUUCCAAUUCCUGUGGUAGAAUAUUUUCUGGAUGAGUUGACUGGAGCAGCCUACUUUUCUAAACUGGAUUUGAGAUCAGGAUACUGGCAUAUUAGAAUUACUCCUGAAGACAUUCCUAAAACAGCCUUUAGGACUCACCAUGGCCACUUUGAGUUUAAGGUUAUGCCUUUUGGAUUAACAAAUUCCCCAAUAACUUUUCAGGCAUUAAUGAACAAGCUUUAUGAUCUAAAGAGCCAUGUUAGGCAUCUUAGGGCUGUUUUGGAAGUUCUAAAGAAGAAUCAGUUGUUUGCUAAAAGAACAAAAUGUUUCUUUGGUCAAAAGAAGGUGGAAUAUUUGGGUUACAUUAUAUCUAAGCAAGGGGUGGCUAUUGAUCCAGCAAAGAUACAAGCAAUGCAGCAGUGGAAGUUGCCAAAAACUCUUAAAUCCUUGAGAGGUUUCCUUGGGUUGACAGGAUAUUAUAGAAGGUUUAUAAAAGGAUAUGGAGAAAUUACCAAGCCCUUAACUAUCAUGCUUAAGAAGGACCAGUUUCAAUGGACAGGGGAAAGUAAAGUUGCUUUUGAACUUUUAAAGAAUGCAAUGUGUCAUGCUCCUGUUUUAGCACUACUUGAUUUCAGUAAAAGCUUCUGUUUGGAAACAGAUGCAAGUUCUAGAGGAAUAGGGGCAGUUUUAUCUCAAGAAGAUCAUAAAGCUCUUAAACAUUUGCUGGAACAGAAGCUAACUACUUCAAUACAGAAAAAAGGGCUUACAAAAUUGUUGGGACUGGAUUAUGUAAUUCAGUACAGAAAAGGUAGACACAAUUUGGCAGCAGAUACAUUAUCUAAGAGAGAUGAGGAUGAAGUAGAAUUACAGCAAAUGAGUACUACUGUUGUCAUUCCUACUUGGGUUCAGGAGGUUGAACAGAGUUACCAAAAUGAUCCUAUGGCUGUAGAAUUGGUCACUAAGUUAGCUAUCUCUAAUCAGGAUGCAACAGACUGGAAUUAUUCUGCAAGUAUCCUAAGAUACAAGGGUAAGGUUUAUAUUGGACAGAAUGGUUCCCUAAGAUAA